CCUUCCCUCCUACAGACCACCCAAAGCCCUAUAAAUAAUCCAAGGACUGUAUUUUUUCUCCACAUUUCUCUUCAGACCUUAAAGGAAAAAUAUCAGGCAAAGGAAGGUAGAGAGGGAAAAGAGAAAGUGAGGAGAGGAGAGAGAAAGAGAGGAAAGAUGGCUAGUGAAUUCAAAAAGAAAAUGUUCUGGAGGGCAGUGGUGGCUGAGUUCCUUGCUAUGACCCUUUUCAUUUUUAUCAGCAUUGGCUCGGCUCUGGGUUUUAACUUCCCAGUGGUGGGCAAUGAAACAUCAACAAGGUCUCAGGACAACGUGAAGGUUUCGCUGGCUUUUGGGUUAUCCAUCGCUACCAUGGCACAAAGCGUGGGCCACAUCAGUGGUGCCCACCUGAACCCAGCUGUGACCCUGGGCCUCCUGCUGAGCUGCCAGAUCAGCAUCUUCAAGGCGAUCAUGUACAUCAUUGCCCAGUGCCUGGGGGCAGUGGUGGCCACAGCUAUUCUGUCAGGAGUCACCUCCUCUCUUCCAAAAAACUCCUUGGGGCUCAAUGCUCUUUCAGAUGGAAUCAAUGCUGGCCAAGGACUGGGUAUUGAAAUCAUUGCUACCUUCCAGCUGGUGUUGUGUGUCCUCGCCACCACAGACCGAAGAAGGAAUGAUGUCUCGGGAUCAGCACCUUUGGCGAUUGGUCUGUCUGUUGCCUUGGGACAUCUUCUUGCUAUUGAUUACACCGGUUGUGGAAUUAACCCAGCCAGAUCUUUUGGUUCAGCACUGAUUGCCAACAACUUUGAAAAUCACUGGAUCUUCUGGGUUGGCCCAAUCAUUGGAGGAGCAAGUGCUGCCCUCAUUUAUGACUUCAUCCUGGCUCCCAGAAGCAGCGACCUGACUGACCGCGUGAAGGUGUGGACAAGUGGACAAGUAGAAGAGUAUGAUCUGGAAGGAGAGGAUAUGAACUCCCGUGUGGAAAUGAAGCCAAAAUAAAGAAGGACAAGGGAAAAAAAGCACAUUGGUUUCCGAAGAUUUUAUCAGUGUUAUAGACUCUUUGUAAACCAGCAAGCAGUACUUUAUUUUUUAGUUCAAUAUGGUUCUCCAUUUUUAUCCCCCAAUCUUAAUAGGAUUUUCCUAUCUGGGGUUUUUCAGUCACAAAGUCUUCAGGCCAAGAAGUCAUUUGACACUUUAACAUGAGCUAAAUAAACUGGGCUGAAAUUUAACCUCCCCUUUGCCAACUCCAAAUUUUCUGGUGUAUUUAGUGUGUGUGGUUCUCCCCACACAUCAUUCAGUAACAACAAGCAGUUUAAACCAGUGUGUUUGCUGUAAGUAUAGAUACUAAGGACAGAGAACCAUCUGUACCAAUAAUGGGGUCCUUAUACUGGAAAAAAUAUUUAUGCAAAUACACAAGGCUGGUAUCUAAUGCCAGAAGUGCACAUAAAAAAUAUAUCAAAUCAUAACCCAAAAGCAUCUUUUGGAAAUAAAAGGGCCAUAAAACCCUACUUGUUAUGUAGAAUUAACCAUAGUUUUCUAAAUGAUCAAUAAUCUCUGAGCAAGAGGGCCAGAAAAAUUAAGCACGGAAAAAAUUUUCAGAGUACCAGGAUCCAUUUAGAUUCUUUACCAUUUCAUUCUCCCUGAACCUGCAUCCAGCUCAUUGUGAGGGAAGAGAAUACAUGGCAAAAAAUGUAUAGAUAUGUUAAUUACUAGGAAGUAAUAACUAGAAGUCAAACUGGAGAGUAGUAAUAACAAUGACAACAAGAACAACAUAGUGCCACAAUGUAAACAGGAUCUGAUUGUUCCUGUGACUACUCUGCUUUUGUUUGUCUUAUAAUUUAACUCUAUGUUUUAAAGCAAGCCAGGAAAACAAAAGGCCCCUUUCUUCCUGACCCCAUUCUAAUAAUCAGUGCUGUGACAUUCAGGGACAAUAAACAGAUAUACACACAGUAUAUUUUCUAAUAAGGGUCAAAUAUAUGCCUGUGUGUAAGUAAGUCCAUUUUGGGGGUCGUUGCUUUGUUUUUAUAUAUAUAUAUAUAUAUAUAUAUAAAUGUUUAUAUAUAUGUUUUAUACAGAAAGCCUAGUAUACCGUUUUGUAAGAAAAUUAGAGCAUAUGACAAGUGGAAAGAAUUGUAGCAGUGUUUAGCAAAAUAAAUGACACUGGAAACGUAAAGAAAAUUAACACUCUAAACGACAUGGAAGACUAUUUCCUGUAUUCGUUUUUGUGUGUGCUACUUAUGAUUUCCUGAGUAAUCCAAAGCAUUAGCUGAUCUUACCUACUAACUAUAGAAUAUAGUUAAAGCAGAUACAUGCUGAUAUUCUUGUUCUGCACUAAACUGUUUUACAUAAGAAAUAAGGCCCAGAGGAAGCUGCACAAAAAGCCGCACAUUUUACUAUUCAGACAAAUGCCCCAGCUGUAAUCGGAUGAACGUCUCCCAUUAGAGAGACAGUGUGGACACGAGAAUUGAGAGAGGGUUGGUGUGGGAAUCCAUACAGCUUGGGUCAUUUCAUCAAGCUGAGCAAAAGUACAAUGGAAAAAGAAAACUGCCAGCAAACUAAAACCAAAUACAUUUUAUCUAUCUCUCCUGUCUACAUUUGGUGUGCUAUCUCGUGUAUUGUCUAUGUACAUACAGCAUGAUUGGAUUUUGGGAUGGUUUGAAAAUAAACAAAAUCAGUUGUGUUAACACAAGAAA